AUGUUUUUAGAGUCCGAAAUCAUUGGUAUCAUUCCACCACAUGGCUACAGACCGGAGGAUAAACAAUCGAUCAAAGUAAUGAAAUGGUUGAAAUUCAUCGCAAGUACUGAAGGUCUUAGAAUCCAACAUGCCGCCAAUGACGGAGAGAAACAUAUAGGGUCUUACAAAGUCGAUGGGUAUAUCACAAAUGAAGGAGAAAAGGACACUAUCUUGGAAUUCCACGGAUGUUUCUGGCACGGUUGUACGAAAUGUUAUGCCCGUAACACGAUCAACACCGUAACCGAUUGUACCAUGGCCGAUCCCCACAUGAGAACGUUGGACAAACAACGUUAUCUACAACAUCUGGGAUAUAACUACAGAUGCAUGUGGGAAUGCGACUUUGAAAGACAAAGUAAGCUUGAUAAACCACUCAAGUCAUUUUUGAACACAUUAGACAUCGAAGACCCUCUAGAACCAAGAGACGCUUUCUAUGGAGGAAGAACAGAAGCAUUUAUGAUGUAUGCCGAAGCCUCCGAAGACCAGCAGAUUAAGUACUAUGACGUGACAUCCCUCUAUCCUUAUAAUAACAAGGUCGGGAAAGUUCCCCUGGGCCAUCCUAAAACCAUCACGAAAAACUUUGACAACAUUGAAGAAUACGAAGGGUUGAUCCUAUGCAAGAUGUUGCCACCAAGAGAUUUAUUCAUUUCCGUUCUUCCCUUCCGAACCACUGGGAAAUAG